UCCGUUGAUCGGACCAACUGGAAACUCGUCGUAACCGACGGAGUGCCAGUCUUUCAUUGAUGUUGUUUAACCCCAGGUUAUCCCUGACUAGGCUGAUCUAUGAUCAAGGGCGUUCCAACUUUGACCAUCCCAGUUUUCUCUUGUGCAAUGCAUAUCUGAAACUACAUUAUCUAAUGUGCAUAUCUUUCAUAAGUAAGUUGUAGAUAGCGUGUCUUUUGAGGCAAACUUGACUACUAUUUCUAGCUGGUCGAGAGACUAUGUUACCAAAAGAAAAGCCCCCGCUUCAAGACUUUUCGGAUUUAGAAAGUGGGGAAAGGAACUCUCUUAAAAUUCAAGUACACGGUGACGUUUUAGCUUUUUCUUUGUGGGACCCGACAAAUAGGGACAUGUUUUUGACUCUUCGGCCCUCUCACUCUCUAAAAACAUUUAUGAAAAUAAAUAAGCGAAUAAAAACGAUCUAAGCCUAACGGCCAAAACAAUAAUUUGACAUAAGUUUCAUAGUUAUGAAUUUGUAAAAUUAACGAUUCAUUAUUUUCCUCAGCACAAAUUGCAUCUGCAUAAGGACCAGUAGAUGUUCAUGUCCACCGGUCCUUAAGCAAUUUGUUCUCUUAGUAAAUAAUUCCCCAUACCUGCUGUAGAGACUCGUUGACUCAUACUCCCCUAUACCUCUAACACUAGAAAAGGCACAAAUAUUACACAAUAGUAUUAUGCUCUAUAGAUUUUUGGUCUCAGACUUCGUUUACUAUUAUUAUAACUUUCACAUUUAGUAUGUAGCUUUUCUUCAGUCUCUCAUUGUCACUGUGGCUAGUGGAAAGUUUGCCUUACAGGUAAUUGAACUGGUGGACUGUCUUCAACUAUGCCUCACUGGUGGUGUUGCAGGUAGGUGUAGGCUGGUGGAGAAUUUGUAUUAGAGUUUUGAGUGGAGAAGCAAUUCUCAACCAUCAACAUUUUCCACCAUCAAGACAGCCGGCAUCCUUGGUCCAAGCAUUGGUAGCUCAUGGGCUAUAUUUUGGUGUGCCAGAAAGAUUUUUUAAACACUUUAUUCUCCUCAGUAAUGCUCAGUGUGGUGCGGACCAACAUCCUUCCCACUACAAACUGAGUCUCUGUUUCAAACUCAAGCCAAAGAAAGGAGUCUUGAGGAAAGCAUUUCAAGCUGGUAGCUUCCAGUCUGCUGAAGUGAAAGUUAACUUCAAGUUUCACGGGCAUCUAAAAUAUUGCCAUUUCCUUAUCGGUGUUUAUCCACAACUGAGACCUCAAAGGAUUUGUCUAAUUACUUGAAAGCAAAAAUCUCUCUUAGUGGUCCCAUUACCGUAGCAGAUUACAUGCGAACAGUAUUAACUCAUCCUACAUCGGGUUACUACAUGAAUAAGGAUGUUUUUGGAGUGGCUGGAGAUUUCAUUACAUCACCUGAAAUCAGUCAGAUAUUUGGAGAGUUGUUAGGUGUCUGGUGCGUAAAUGAGUGGAUGCAAUGUGGUAAACCUUCCAAGAUGCAGGUUGUGGAACUUGGACCGGGUCGAGGUACAUUAGCUUAUGACUUGCUGAGGGUAUUUCGUCAGUUUCCACAAAUGAAGGAUGUAGUUACUCUGAACUUGGUUGAAGUUAGCAGUAAAAUGAGUAGUUUACAAUAUGAGAAAUUGGUUGGGCCACAUCAGCCGUCUGAUUCUGCCAAUAAAGCUACACCAAAAUUGGACAGUAACAAUUCUUUAGCAUAUAAUCAUGGCAUAAGUAAAUUCAAUAUUCCUGUGAAUUGGUAUUACAAAUUAGAAGACGUUCCUUCUACUUUUACUUGUUACAUUGCACAUGAGUUCUUUGAUGUACUUCCUGUUCAUAAAUUCCAGAAAACAGAACGUGGAUGGCGAGAGGUUCUUGUUGAUUUAAAUUUAGAUUUAUCUUCUCCGAACGAUUUUAAAUUCACAGUCUCAAAAUCUCCUACUCCUGCUUUGGUUAUCUUCCAAGUUGAUGAAAAGGACAACAGAGACCAUAUUGAAAUGAGUUUUGAGUCUGGUGCAAUUAUUGAAACCCUGUCUCACAGAAUUGCAGAAAAUGGUGGCUUUGCAUUGAUUGCUGAUUAUGGUCACAAUGGAGAAAAAAUGGAUACUCUGAGAGGAUUUUUUAAACAUCAAGUUCAGAGUGAUGUAUUUUUAAACCCAGGAUUUGCAGAUCUAACAGCAGACGUUGACUUCAAAUAUAUAUCCAAAGUAGCUUCUAAUUAUGUUGACAUUUUUGGUCCUACAACACAAGGUAGUUUUUUACAAAACAUGGGAAUUGGAGUUCGAUUGAAGGUCCUGCUGCAAAAUGUGAAAUCUGAGUUACAUAAAGAUCUUAUAUCAGGUUGUAAAAUGUUGAUUGAUCCAGAACAAAUGGGAGAAAGAUAUAAAUUUAUGUCCUUUCUCCAAAAGACUGAAAAAGAUUACACACCAGCUGGAUUUUAUUCAUUGGAAAACUAGAUCACAAAAAUUCCUUCAUCUUGCCCCACCACACACAUCUCUCUUAUAAAUUAUUUAUAUUGCAAAUAAAUGUUUUUAUAGCUACAGCCAA